GAAGGGAGGGAGGGAGGGAGGGAGGAGAAGGGAGCGGGCUGGCGCCUACGGUGGCCGAAGAGGGACACGCCGAGCCGGAGGCUGCAGGAUGAUGCGAUUCAUGCUGCUGUUCAGCCGGCAGGGGAAACUGAGGCUGCAGAAAUGGUACUUGGCCACCUCUGACAAGGAGCGGAAGAAGAUGGUCCGUGAGUUGAUGCAGGUGGUGCUGGCACGCAAGCCCAAGAUGUGCAGCUUCCUGGAGUGGAGAGACCUCAAAGUGGUCUAUAAGAGAUACGCCAGCCUGUACUUCUGCUGCGCCAUCGAGGGCCAGGACAAUGAGCUCAUCACGCUGGAGCUGAUCCACCGCUACGUGGAGCUCCUGGACAAAUACUUCGGCAGCGUAUGUGAGUUGGACAUCAUCUUCAACUUCGAGAAGGCCUACUUCAUCCUGGACGAGUUCCUGAUGGGGGGCGACGUGCAGGACACUUCCAAAAAGAGCGUGCUCAAGGCCAUUGAGCAGGCCGACCUGCUGCAGGAGGAGGAUGAGUCGCCACGCAGUGUGCUGGAGGAGAUGGGCUUGGCCUAGCCCCCGCCUGGCCUGGCAGAGAAGUGGAGAGCUAUGGAGAGGCCCUGCAGGAUUGGGCUGCCCCCCCCCCAGUGGGCUCCCCCCCCCCACUCCUCCACUGCUUCACCUUCUUUUGGAGUCAGCCGGGGGCCCAGGACCCUCACAUGUCCCCACCCACCCACCUCCUCCUGUUCCCUCAUAGCUCGACCCACACCUAAGCUUAUAGGAGGGGUAACAGUGACCAAGGCGGGGAGCUGUUUGGCUUAACCCCCCACCCCUGCCUUUGAGGAGCUCACAUGACCCUCGUGUCCUCCCCUCCCAUCUAACUGUAAAUAUAUAAAUAUGUCAGGUUUAAGGGAACCGGUUUCCAGGGCAACUCUUCCCCUGCCCCUCGACCUACUUCCACCCUUCAAACCCCCCCCCCGACUCUGCCUCAGGGAGGGGGGCGCCUCUGUGGCCUGCCAGGGGAGCCCCAGUGCCAGGAGGAGCCAGAACCUAUCUUUUUCUAACCUUGCCACUUCACGCAGUAUAGACAGAGCAGGUCUGGGGAGGGACGGGGAUUGGCCCUGUGCCUCCUGCACCCCAUUUUCUGGGUGAGGCUGGGGGUGGGGGUGGGACUUGAUUUCCUUUCUUCUGAAAUAAAAGGAAAAGCAUU